CUCACUGGAUGCUGCCAAUGUGGUCAUGUCACAUACUCUUCUUCCUCUCUUCCCGACGAGUUCACCAACUGCCACUGCCAAACCUGCCGAAAGCUCUCCGGCGCGCCAUUUCUCACAUUCGGACGCUUUCCAACAUCCGCAAUCACGUGGACCUCAGGAGAAGAGUCUCUCACGAAGACAACAUACUCAGAAUUGGCAGAGCGCACUCACUGUGCUGCUUGCGGAAGUCCGAUAUCUAUGCAGUAUAAAUGCCAGCCGGGGUUGAUUAGUAUUACAGCUGGAACCAUUGAUGAAGAUAGUGUGAAGAAGGAGUUGCCGAAGAUUUCGGAGCAUAUUUUUGUUGAGAAUGGGAAGAAAGCUGGGUGGUAUGACAUACCUGAUGACAAGAUUCUGAGAUAUUCUAAGUUCCCACCGAGCUUCCAGAGGAAGAUCGAGGAGUGGAAGAAG